CCCGGUCACUCACUUCAGACGCUGAGGGUGGGGGUGGUCUGCUGCGCUUCCUCCUCAGCUGGCCCUGGAGCAGCCUGCUUAAGGGCCCCUUCCUUGGUUCCUGAUCAAUCACACAGUGGUGUAGGAUGCCCCAGCCACAGCAGCUGUGGUGGUGGAAAGACUUCUCAAUCUGGAAACAAAGCCUGGGUUGAAAUACUGUCUCUGCCGGCAGAGUUGUGAUUGCUUCUUGCCUCCGUUUCCUCAUCUGUAAAAUGGGAAUAUUAAAACCUACAGUACCCGUUUCACAGAAGUGUUGUGAGAACAAAUGAGGUUCUGAUUUCGGCUCCCUGAGUUCUGGGUUUCACUGGAGGUUCCAGUUCCGGAAGCCUCUGCCUGGGGUGCCUGGGGUCCAAGCUCCCCACCUGAGGGGGAGCUGGGAAGCAUGGAUUUCAAGGACUUUAGACUCCGAAAGGGUGUGGUGGGCCUGGCCACAGGGGCAGGUGCCAUCUACCUGCUGUACAAGGCCAUCAAGGCUGGCAUGAGCAGUCGUUCAUCCUGCCCAACGUCACCCGUCUGCAUUGCCCGCCUGGCCAUUGAGCGAGAGUGGCAUGGAAAGGAUUCUGGAGAGCUUCGAAGGCUCCUCAACUCCCUGGAACACAAACAUGAUGAGUACUCCAAGGGCAUGAUUCUUCACAGCAUCACCCGGUGUGUCUACUUGUUGGAAGCCGAAGCCUGUACCUGCACCUUUGAGGACAUCAGGCUGGUGGGCUGCCUGCUUGAUGACAAGGACAACAGCGUCAAAAUCCAAGCUCUCAAUGCUCUGAAGGCUUUCUCUGGUAUAAGGAAGUUCAGGCUUAAGAUCCAGGAGCAUUCCAUCAAAGUCUUGGAGCUGAUCUCCACCGUGUGGGAUUCUGAGCUGCACAUAGCGGGCUUGAGGCUACUCAAUGGAUUGCCCCUGCCUGACUUUGCUCACCCACAGCUCCGUCGGGUGAUGCCUUCCCUCAUGGAGAUCUUGCAGACAGACAGCAUCCUGGCUCAGGUCCAAGCAGUUCGACUCCUGAGUCAUCUGGCCCAGAAAAACGACCUAUUGUAUGACAUCCUCAAUUGCCAGGUACAUUGCAAUUUCCUGAACCUAUUCCAGUCCAUGCAACCUGGGAGCCUGCUGUUCGAGGUGCUAGUGUUUGCAGAGCGACUGAGUGAGGGUCGGAGUUGUCCCCAUUACCGAGCGGUGAACUGGCAGUACAACGAACAAUCUUUGCAUGAAGCGCUCUUUGGGGAGGAGUCCCGCCUGGCUGACCGGCUGCUGGCUCUGGUCAUUCAUCCUGAGGAGGAGGUUCAGAUUCAGGCCUGCAAGGUCAUUGUCAGCCUGCAGUGCCCUCAGGACUUUGGCACUCGGCACUCUUCCUGCCAUACAACCAAUUCCUACUUUAAUGAAGAGGAUGCCAGUUAAGGAGAAA